UCCUGGGCAGGGUCUGGGCUGGGUCUGAGGGAUUCGUGGGGCUGCAGGGAGGAGCGCCUCCUAAGGCGGGCGGCAGUGUCGCGCAGCGGCCGUGAGGAGCAGAAGGCAGCCAGGGCGCAGCAGCAGCAGCAGCACCGGGGAUCCGAGGAACUGCAACUCCAGGAAGAGCAUCUGAGGAAGCCCGAGCAAAGCAGUUUACAAAGCUUCCCUCCUGUGGGUGGACAUUGCUGGCACCAAUGGCUUCACAGGAGCUUGUGAACGCCAGAGAAUCUGCUGCUGAUAAUCAGAACCCGGGCAUGGAGGAGGGUUCUGUGCCCAGCACCAGUAAAUCCUGUCCCGUCCACGCUCCGGGUGGUGAGGAUGCCAAAAGGGGUUUCAGGAAAGGCAUAAGCAGGCAUAAUGACUAUGUGAAGAUCCCUGUGCCGGAGUCCAAAGUCAAUCGUCUGCCCACGGAGUGGUGGAAGACCGUGAUCGCUUUCUUUUACGCUGCCUUUAACUUGGUCCUGACAACAGUUGUGAUCACAGUCGUGCACGAGAGGGUCCCUCCCAAAGAGAGCAGCCCGCCUCUUCCCGAUAAGUUUUUUGACUACAUUGACAGAGUCCAGUGGGCGUUUACAGUAACAGAGAUCAAUGGCAUGGUGCUGUUGGUUAUUUGGAUGAUCCAGUUGUUCUUCUUUAGAUACAAGUCAAUAGCGUGCAGACGUUUCCUCUUCCUCAUCGGAACGCUGUACUUGUACCGUUGUGUCACCAUGUACAUCACCACCCUGCCUGUACCCGGCAUGCACAUGACCUGCGCUCCCAAGCUUUACGGAGACUCCCAGGCAAAACUCCAGCGGAUUCUGCGGCUGAUGUCGGGCGGAGGCCUUUCCAUGACAAACUCCCAUCUGUUGUGUGGAGACUUCCUCUACAGUGGACACACAGUGAUGCUCACCCUUACCUACCUAUUUAUCAAGGAGUACUCGCCCCGGUCGUUCUGGUGGUAUCAUCUCAUGUGCUGGCUGCUGAGUGCUGUGGGUGUGGUCUGCAUCUUGGUAGCGCACGAGCACUACAGUGUGGACGUGGUCGUGGCCUAUUUCAUCACCUCCCGACUCUUCUGGUGGUAUCACACCAUGGCCAACUUGCAGACCCUGAAAUGUUCGCCCAAUAACUACCUCACCAAUACCUGGUGGAACCCUCUAUUCAAUUUCUUGGAGAGGAAUGUUCAGACCUCUGUGCCGUGCUCGUACAGUUUCCCCAUCGCCUGGCCUCCUGCCUGCCUGAAAAACCCCUGCAAGAAGUACUCCAUGGUGCAAAGCACCAGAGAGGAGUAAUGCGACCUCGAGGCUUCAGCAGUGCUGCUGGACAAUCCUCUGAAGUGGUAUUCAUUCAAUUAGUAUUGUCCCUGGACAGGAACCAAAAGCAUAGUUGUGAAAGAAAUGUUUUAGCAGAAAUAGGAUAAUCAAUAUGUUUCUAUAUUUUGCCACUGUGAUUUAUUUAUGAAAAGAAGUCUUUCAUGCUGCCACUGUUUGUGAAUGAAACGUGUAUGUGACAUUAGUUCCACCCUUGAUGGAUAGUUUUUUUCCCCCCUCUUAUUUGUUUUGUAGAAUACUUGCAGGCUCUGUGCAGUACUUGACUUUGAGUUGGAAUUUCCUACCGUAACUCCUUACGAGGUUUUGAUGAGUCCCUUUGAUUUGAUAUCCGUGCGUUUCAGUCACAAGGUGCCUUAGUGUGUGAAACAUCUGUAGGUUGACCAAAGCUGCCAUUAUCAGUCGCGGUUGUAUUUUUAUAUGUGCUUUAUUCUCAGUCAUUUUGUAUUCAUUUCGGUAACUGUGAUUCUGUAUACCCAAGGUGUAGUCUCAACAUUGUACCACUGUAUUAAACUUUAACCAAACAAAGUUGAAGUGUGCUGGCUUCAUUCAAUCUAAUUAUC